ACUGCAGCUUACUCUGUCUUGAUAAUUCAUAUUCCAAUUAGGUGAUGGCAGCUUAUGGUGCUGCGAUUUCUCUCAAGAACACGAUUAAACUUAUUGUACAAUCGUCUCGUAUUUCGCUGGUUCCUCCAUCUCCGCAAGUCUUACAACCAGCCUAUGAAGCCAUGGCUCGCUUGCAGAAAGUUCUGCUAAAGUUGGAUUCCACCGGCUACAGAAAGAUCAGGACGAAGGUGAAUGCUUUGGAUGAACGCAUCAAAACGGUCGUAUGGGAAUUCGAAGAUUUACUAGAGUCCCUUUUCACCCAUCAGAUUCUUCUACAACUCGAAAGCCAGAGAGGUCACUUGUCUUUCUCUGUAGAUCUGCAGAGUCUACGACAGAGCGUUGAUCGCUUCGUCUAUAAGGCGAUGGUGAUGGAGGCGGCGUACGAUGCUGAAUUGUUGAAUAUGCGUGAAGAAGAAGGCGAACCGAUUUCCUCAAGAAUUGAUGUUGGUGGAAUCAACUAAGAGAUGGUUGGAUUGAAUGAUGAAUUUGAACAAGUUAAGGAUUAUCUCAUUGGAAAAGAUGAAGGUGAUUGGUUAUUGGUUACUGGGAUGGCAGGGGUUGGAAAGACAUUUCUGGCUAAGAAAGUAUUUGACGAUCCAUCGGUUCAGACAUAUUUUGAGCUUCGAGCAUGGGUCAAAGUGGGCAGAAAAUGUGAAUCCACUGAAAUUUUACGAUGCAUUCUAGCUCAAGUGCAUCCCAACAUUCAAGAACGAGUGCUUACCCGAGGAGACGAUGAUGAUGGCGAGAAAUUAGUUGGACUCUUGCAAAUGCGAUUGAAGAGCAAGAAAUGUCUCAUUGUGUUGGAUGAUGUAUGAGAAUGGGACACGCGGGUAUUGGAAAACUUGGAAAAAAGUAAUGUCCGAGUCUUGCUUACGAGCAGGAAGAGGAUUAAAGCAUCUUCAUUUCUAGUAGUACGAUUGUUGGAUGAUGAAGAAAGUAAGAAAUUACUUGGUGAGAAGUUGUUCGGUGAAGAGGGUUUCCCUCACCAGCUUGAAGAAUUGGGAAAGAAGAUUGCCUACAAAUGUGAAGGUCUUCCACUUAUGAUAGUCACAGUUGCAGAGCUUCUAUCCAAAGAAGACAAGACCCUACAAUACUGGACUGAGGUAUGCGAGAAACAACAUAAUUCAGUCUUCUUAGAUGCAUAUAAUCAAAUAUUAGAGGUACUUUCCCCGAGCUAUGACUAUUUACCUCAAUAUUUAAAAAUGCUUUUUCUCUAUUUGGGAGCUUUCCCUCCAUAUAGCGAUAUUGAUACAAACGACCUUUUCAAUCGGUUGAGUGCUGAAGGGUUUCUUGAAACAAUUGGAAACCAAACCGUAAAUGAUUUUAUUCAAAAACCUUUGGCAGAGCUUGCUGCAUUGUACAAUCUUGUUAUAUUCAAAUUCAAACCAGGAUCUUGGUUUUCAAAGAGAGAGUUUCGCGUGCACUCUUGUUGGCAGCACUUUUGCAAAAAAGAAGCAAGUAGGAUCAAGUUUUUGCAUGUAGUGCAAAGUUACGAUGAUGAUAUGAAAGACCAGCGCCGGUUGUGUGCUCAUUACAACACUUUAUUUGCCUUCAAAGAAGUGUAUGAUUCAAUAAAAAUUGAUUGUGCAUUUACGACCCGUUCUAUACUCUGUUAUGGUCCUAGCCACCAAUAUCCAGUGCCAUUACAUGCCAUGGAUUUCAAGUUGCUUAGGAUACUAGAUGCUUGUAAGGUCCGAUUUUACCAUAUUCCACGUGAAAUUUUGAAACUAGUUUGUUUAAAAUACCUUGCCCUUACUUGUGACAUAGAGCUUCCUAUAUCCAUAUCCAAGCUUUUUUACCUUCAAUUCUUGAUUAUCAAACAAUAUGUAAGCAUAAGAAAGCGUGGGGGUCAGUCCUAUAUGCCAAUGGAAAUAUGGAAUAUGCAAGAGCUACAACAUAUUGACAUCUUCGGAAGAGACCUACCAACUCCUAAUUCUGAUGCUACUUUGGACAAACUCACUAGUCUUUUUGGUGUGAGUGCAAAGAGUUGCACUAGAGAAAUUCUCAAAAGAAUCUCUAAUUUAAAAGCCUUAGCAAUUCAGAUGGAGUUGAAGCCUUAUGAUGAUGAUGGUGCUGAUUACAACCCAUUGAGUGACUUGGGUUAUAUCUCAAAGGAACUCCAAAAUUUGAUGGGACUUGUAUUUGUUGUAAUCAAUCCUGACAUGAAGUAUGAGUGUAUGGCUCCUCUUUCAAUGUUCCCAUCAAGUCUAUCAAAUUUGACUUUGGGUGGCUUAGGGUGUCCAUGGAAGCACAUGAAUGACAUUGGUUUGUUGUUACCAAAUAUAAAGAAGCUUACUUUACAAGGAUAUGCCUUUCGAGGCCCAGAAUGGGAUAUAGAAUCAAGGUGUUUUCUGAAGCUUGAGACACUUGUGAUUGAAGACACUGAUUUGGUUCUAUGGAGACCUCAACAUGGAAGCCUGCCUAGGCUUGAACUCCUAAGCAUAAGACAUUGCUACAAAUUACGACAAUUCAAUUGGAUGCGUGAUCCCUCAAUGGUCCAAACUACAAUUGAAUUAGUUGAGUGCAAUCCCUUAGUUAUCCCUUCUGCCAAGCUAUUAAGACCGAUAUCUCUCUUCAGAGUUUGUUGCUACUCUUCAUUUUGAGAUGAGGUCUCGUAGCUAGACUCUCAAUUUGGUUAACAGGUUGAGUUGCAUUAACUUCCCAUGCAUCAGUUUAUAUCAUGAGACCGGCCAACGCUCCACACCAUGCCUCCUCGCUCUCAACCCAACGAAGAUCUUUCUAGUUGUCUAAGGUUUCGUGGAGUUUUUCGACUCAAUCAAAAUUGUGUUUCUGGUUGUCUGAUGAGGUAUUGUGGAGGUUUCCCAAGAUUACUUUUCAGUUUGUUAGUGCAAUAAAUAAGCAGAGAAAAGGAAUAUUUAGAUAUGCCUACAAACAUGAUUGAAUGUUUAGACCUUAUGAGUUUUUUUUAUGUACUCCCUCGUCCCCAAAAUUCGUCACCAUUU